UUAUGAGCAACGUGUACAUUCUUCCGCGCAAUUUUGCAGCGACUACUGAAAUUCCAGUAACAUUACAAGGACAAAGGCCAAUAAGAAUGAUUAGAACAGGAGCAGUUGGUGGGAGGAUUUUGAAUGACCGACGUUCUGUCCGACUUCAUGGAAUGGUCCCUAAGAAUACAGAUACUUCACGACGUGUUUAUUUGGCACCAGUGAUUGCAGCACCCGGGCAGAGUCCGUUGACUCAUUAUCAGAUUCAACCGAUAGCUCCAGCGCCCACAAAUGCUGAUUUUAUUUCGCUCCAACCUAUGCGGACAAAUCUUAAUAGUAACAAUAGUCAUUCAUCAUUUACUUCACAACAACCUCAAGUGUUUAUUCCUGAUAAUAUUUCCCAAAAUCAGCAACAACUUUCUGAGGAAGACAAUGAAUUAGAUAUUGGAGAAGUUUGUAGAUUGCUAGAUGAAAGUGCCGGACAGCGUAUUAGCGAUUUGGAACAGCCUAGGCGAAGGGAACGCCUUAGCAAUUUGACUAUGGAACAAAAAUUACUUAGGCGAAAACAGAAAAAUAGAAUUGCUGCACAAGCAGCACGUGAUCGUAAAAAAGAAACAAAUAAACGCUUGGAGGAAUCGUUGAAACGUGCCAUUCAAGAGAUUAGCCGUUUACGCGGAGAAUUAAGAUUUCUUCAGGCACAGAACGCACAGCUUUUGGCCUCUCAAAAUGGUCAGAAUGAUGGAAAAAUUAUUCAAAAUAUUCCUCAAGAAAAUAUUAUUCAGCACAAACCCCUUAUUUUUCCAAAGCAAGAAAUUUUAAUGGCGUCAGUUGAAGAUAAACAACAACAAUACCAAUAUAGUAGUCAUACAAAUGUAAAGAAUUUUGUUCAAGAACAGCCACAAAUAAUGAAUCAACCUAUACCUAACUCUGUUGAUGUGAAAUCAUCUAUUGCCUCUCAUCAAUCAACUACCAACACCUCAUUGCAUCAGUCUUCACCUUCCCUCAAACUCAACAAUUUCUCACCUCUUAAUCGUGAUUCUCUAGGGUCUGCAGCAUCCUUUAACGCUCUCCUGCCGUGGGAACGGGAAUCUGUGCCAGAGGAGGGAAUGAAGAAAACGAGGGUAGUUAUGGACAAAAUGCAAUCCAAGUUGAUGAAGAACAACAGAGGCAAAAUGCCACUAAUUGCCAAUGGUCGUCAACAGCAGAAUGCAGUCAGGAUAGCUUGCUUGAUCAAGGUGUUUACGGCACUCUGGUCGAUUGUAUGCGAGAAGAGGGAGACGGCGAAGACGUCCAAGGAUUGCAAAAUAUCUUCGACGAGCUUUUCGAAGGCAUCUUGA